UGAUUUUCAUCAAUUUUCCUUGCUUUCCCGUUUCUUUCUUGCUUUUUAGAAAAACCCAAAAUAAAUUUGGCUGUAUUUCCUACUCAAUUGACAAUCCUAAGCCCUCAAAUAAGUAUCUGAUUCUAUAUUCCUUCUCGUGGUUAAGCAAUUUUAUCUGUUUCAUCUUAUCAAACCGUAAGGAUAGCAAUGUUCUCUAACUCAUCGUUGGAUUGCCCUUUGAAGAUUUGUCUGCAAUUGUGUACUCAAGGUACAGAAGGUUUUCUUUUAUACACAUUUGAAGGAAUGACUGGCUUCCUACUUUUCUCAGUGUCAGAUGAGAUGAGAAAAAGUGGAGGGAGUUUCUACAAGCCUAAAUUUGCAGCAGAGUUGAGGAAGGUUUAAGGGAGAGCUUUUGCUGAACUUGGUUAUAGUAAGGUGCCAAACGAGAAAAAGAAAAAUGAGGGACUUUUUGCAGCCCAGAAUCAGCAGCAGAGUUGAGAAAGGUUUAAGGGAGAGCUUUUGUUGAACUUGGUUAUAGUAAGAUUAAACCAGUUAAAAGCAGCAUACUUAUUUUAGGAGCCUUAGAAGCAUUUACUAGUUCAAGUGCCAGUCUAACAAACCUUCAUAAGACAAAUUUGAACUCUGCCCAAGACAUAGUCCUGGCUUUCUGAUUUUUUACUUGAACGUUUGAACUUUUUGGUGUUAUGAAUUGCAAAUGGGCUGCUGUAGGAAAACCUUACGUUUUGUUGUGUAACCCUUUUGAAAACUUGAAGAACAUGUAUAUAAUGAAAGGAUUGUACUGGU